UCACCGACGGCGCAAACAGUCGAGAAUCAGCCACAAGCAACAAGUGUUCGCGUGCGUCGGUUGCGGAAAAAUUCGGUUCCGUUUGAAACCGAAAACGGAAAUACUUGCAUAAAGAGCGCGUGUGCGUGACUUUGUGUUGGCGUAAGCUGCACUUAUGCGGUGAUUCCGAGCGGGCGUUGUGGUGUAUCCAGGUGUGAGACGACGACGCGAAGAUGGGCUGCGCCGUGAGCACCGCCGGCGACAAGGACGCCAACGAGCGCUCCAAGAAGAUCGACCGUGAUCUACGUGCGGAUGGCGAGCGCGCCGCCAGGGAGGUGAAGCUGCUGCUUCUCGGCGCUGGCGAAUCAGGCAAGAGUACAAUCGUCAAACAGAUGAAGAUCAUUCACGAGACGGGCUAUUCGCACGAGGAGUGCGAACAAUACCGCCCCGUCGUCUACAGCAACACCAUACAGAGCCUGAUGACCAUCAUUCGUGCGAUGGGUCAACUGCGCAUCGACUUCGUCGACCCCGGUCGCACUGAUAUGGCGCGGCAGUUCUUCAUGUACGCCAGCGCCGCCGAAGAAGGCGAGUUGACGCACGAGCUCGUCAUCCUUAUGAAAAAACUAUGGCAGGAUCAAGGAGUGCAGCUGUGCUUUGCACGCUCCAGAGAGUAUCAACUCAACGAUUCAGCGGCGUAUUAUUUGAAUGCGUUGGAUCGCAUCGCGCAGCCGCACUACAUACCAUCGCAGCAAGAUCUCCUGCGCACGCGCGUGAAGACUACCGGUAUUGUCGAGACGCAUUUCUCUUUUAAAGGAUUACAUUUCAAAAUGUUUGACGUUGGUGGUCAGCGUUCCGAACGAAAGAAAUGGAUUCAUUGCUUUGAAGGUGUGACAGCGAUCAUUUUCUGCGUGGCACUCUCCGCUUAUGAUCUGGUGCUCGCUGAAGACGAGGAGAUGAAUCGCAUGGUGGAAUCCAUGAAGCUCUUCGACUCGAUUUGCAACAGCAAGUGGUUCGUGUCCACCUCCAUUAUUCUCUUCCUCAAUAAAAAGGAUCUCUUCGAGGAGAAGAUCGCGCGCUCGCCGUUGACUAUCUGCUUCCCCGAGUACGCCGGCCCCAAUACCUAUACAGACGCCUCGCACUACAUCCGCGCCAAGUUCGAGAAUCUCAACAAGCGCAAGGACCAGAAGGAGAUCUACACGCACUUCACGUGCGCCACGGACACGACCAACAUUCAGUUUGUCUUCGACGCCGUCACGGACGUCAUCAUCAAGAACAACCUCAAGGACUGCGGGCUGCUCAUGUGAAUUUACACAUUUACAAAAAUUGUCACACUUGUAUAUAUCAUGCGCGAAAUCAGUGCUACCAACUGUCAAAAACACGAACGUUGCUUGUUUUUGACAGUUGGUAUACGUGAUAUGCACGAAACAAGAUGGCAACUAUUUCAGUGCCUUCGGUUGGCCUUAGAAGAGACAAUAUUGUGAUUACUAAAAUGACACGACACACGGGUGCCUUGAAUGUUUGCGACGAUCGAACAAACCCCACACGAACACAGACUAAUCAAUGAUUAACGAUUACGAUUGAUAACGAUUAGGUAUUAAGCGAAUAAUGUUGACUAGGUUUAAUCGGCGAGAAGGGAGCCAGAGACCAAAUAUUGCCAUAUAUAUUGUGUUUGCGCAAGCGUGUGUAUUCUACACGAUUGCACUGUAGAAGGCAUGCGCAUUGUUACUGAUAAGACGCCGAUAAGCGAACCAUCGUUCGUAUCUCUAGUAUUUAUGUUUGAACUUGUGCUGUUGAUGUGCUUGCACGCAGUAUUUUGCGACGACCGACGUACUGACUUCGUAUUUUUAUUUUUGUACUUUUUAUAAAAACGACGCGUCGCAUUUGUUUCAAGUUUCAACACUUUUCUUCUAUUUGCUAUUUUGUAAAAAUAAAAAUCACCGAUUAAUCUGUAAA